AGCUUUGCCAAAUGUGUUUGGGCACCGUCGUAGGCCCUGGGCGGCCGCAUGCAGGCGCAUCGCCUUCGCGGCGAGGAGGCGGGGCAUGGCGCUGUUCAACCUCAAGGGGAACAUCCCCCGGCGGCACCAUCUUACCUACCGUGUGAGCCUUGCCUUUUCCAUCUGUGGCGGUUUCCUGAGCAUCUUCGGUCUGAGCGAGUCGUUGAGCUGCGUCACCUACACAGACGAGCAGCGCGGCUUCCCCGCGCGAUGCGGUUUCCCCUCGGACGUGGAGCUGCAGAGGCACUGGUGUUGGGAGCCGAGCCACUUCUCGAAGUUUUGGGUGUGGUGUUGGGCGCUGGCACUCCUCAUAGACGUGGUGCUCGAGGCCACAGGCCAGUUCACACUGUUCACUUCGCAGCGGCCGGCCAACUUCGUGCACCCCUGCAUCUCGGCGCCCGUUAUUAUGGUGGCAACACUGGUGUGGGGGGAGGAGAUGGCCAACAUGAUGGAGUGGCGGAGCCGCUCUCGGCACGUGGACAACCGUCAACGUGGCACCGCGGGCCUUUGGGGCUUGUCGAAGAUUUGCACAUUGGCGUCCGCGUUCGAGCUCACGCGGACGAUUGCGUGCGAUUACACGCCGCGGGGGGUAGUUCUCCGGUGCUCGCUGAAAAGCGGUGGCGUGCGGGAGUUGCGGGUGAGUCCAGAGAGCGAAAUCUUCGGCUUGAUGGUGCCCACCUCUGCGCCGAUCCACAUGGUCGCGGCCAUCUUGGCAUGGUGCCUCCUCGUGGCAGCCUGCGCCCUGAAGCUCUGCACAAAGCUGGACUGGGUGAGCGAGGACGAGGUGUCCAAGGACAUCGCAGAGGAGGCCAAGAGGCUGUUGCGGGCGACCACCACCCUGGUCGCAGAUGUCGAGGCCGGGAAAACCGUCGUGCCCGUGGCCGCAGACACGGGGUUCGCCGACGGGGAUCUGAUCACGAUAGGCUGCCGGGGCCAGGUCGAGCGGGACAGGCGGGUCGUUGGGUUCCGAGCCGACUCCCCCGGGAUCUUCAUCCUGGAUUGCGCGGUGCAGCACGCGUACGCCGCGGGCUCACGAGUGUCCCCCGUCCGGCCGCUGCCUGCCGGGGGCCGCCUGCUCCACGGCGAGCCGCGCGAGGGCAGCCUGCGCGACAGGGCCGUGGUCGCAGUCCUCCGCUGCCUGCCCCCCGCCGUGGCCGCGGCGGGCGGGGCCGUCGGCAGCGGCGGGGCGUCGACCACUCUGGCCGCGGCCGCGCCGCGCGGCGCGACCGCCCUGACGGUCGCGUCGCAGGCCGGCUUCAGUGCGGCGGACGUGCUGGAGAUAUCCGACGGGAGCUCCGUGGAGUCGAGGGUUCUGAGCAAGUCGACUUCGCAAGCAUCAAGAUCGACGCCCCAACCGUCCGGCACCACCAGAGGGGCACCCGGGUGGUCAAGCAGGUCGAGGGGAGCGCGGCGGAGGUCGGCUACGAGGUCUCGCGGCGGGAGUCGUCCCCGGGCAGCGCGCUGGUGUUCCGUAAGCUGCCCGUGGUUAAGCGCCUGAUGGUCCAACCCGACUUCAAGCUGAGGUUCUGGGCUCUCAUCGUGCACGGGCUGGCCGCGUGGCAGGGCUACGAGGCCUACAUCCGAGGGAGGAACAGCGGCAGAAACCUGAACUUCAGUGCCGACGGGUUGUGUUCACGCCGUUCUUUCUCUUCCUCUCUGCAUGUCCGACUGGCUCUGCGUGUCCCAGAUCACGAUCCUUCGACGAGCAGCCGCGACCCGGAGGAGGCGCCGGCGCAGCUCCGCCUGCUGGGAGCGUGCGGGAGGCCGAGCGGCGUGGGGUUGAUGGAGGCGUGCACCGUAUGGCUGCUCGGGAUCCUGAUCGUCAUCCAGCUCCUCA